AUGCACCCAGACCGCAGAAACCACCUUCAACACAGUGGCAAAGCGUCCGAAUACUCUAGCGAGAUGAACGAAUCACGAAAGGAAAUACUCGGUCGCGGAGGUCUCGAGGCGCCCAUCGACAAGACGUACACAACCCAACAGCCCCUGCCCAUCCGCAAAGGGACCGAGACCAACGCCAAUGAUCGCGGUGAGAACAAAGAGAAUAUCGCUGGAGAGAAAGUUGCCGUCCCUUUCACGUACGUGAAGCCUAGUGGUCGCGAGACUCUGGCACAGUUGCACGAGCGCCACAAUGCGCUGGCGUUGUACAUCAAGAAGAUGAAGGAAGAGAUUGCGAGCCAUCCGAUUAUGAUUGAAAGGGAGGCGGCGCGCAAGGCUGAGGAGGAGAGUGUGAAUGUCAAGAUGGAGGAGGAGAACGUGGACAUCAACAUGGACGACAUUGACGUCGACAUCAUACUGGAUUAA